AAUUGCCAAUUUUACAUAAUGAUUUCAAUAUUUGUUCCCAAAAGGUUUUUGUUUAAUGAAAAUUUUGCCUUAUUAAAUGAACUAUUAUUUACAAGCCUUUUUUUCUGGUGCCUGAAAUGGAGGACUUUUGGUCAAUAUUUUGAUGACUGUGUUUUUGUGCUGGUAGUGCUGGCACCUUGUCUGGUUUAGGAAUGUCAUGGAUAAAUAUUGAUGACAAUAAACCCGCCAGUAGGUGAUAGCAAGUCCAUGUUUUAAGAAAUGAUAUAGAAUCCAACGAUUUGUUCAAAACGGCUGAUUCAGAAAGAAGCUAAACAAAUGAGUCCAUCUGAAUGGACUGUGGAGUCACUUGUUCACCUGAUUCGUUCAAAAUCUGAUUCAUUCAAGGAGCGAAACACCGUGUUGUUAUGCACUGGUGUAUAAAAUUAAUAGCACACUUGUGCUUGUGCAGAAAUAUUUGAAGAUACGCAGAAAAGUACACUGCUUGUGAAACAAAUAUAAAAACAUAAAAACUCAUACAUGGGUAUCUUUUUCUUUCAUUGCUUGAAUUAUUAACUAACUGUAUUCUAACAGGCUUCAUCACGCAAUUAAUGCUUUUGGACUUUCAAGACGUGUUUUUGAGAUUCCAAAAAGAGUUUUGUUUGUUUUUUGCAAAGUCGGUGACUCGAUAAUGUCAGCUUUACUAUCGCCUCUCAAUCUGUCUCACAUACAGCGCAAGAACACUAUGUCAGGGAAUUUCUUUACAUUACAAUCAAGGAAAAAUCAUACAUUUUCUGUUGUUUUCUUUUUAAAGAACUUCAAAAGUUGGACUUCCGCUUAGGAGCAGCUUGUUACAGUACAGAAUUCUGAUUGGCCAACCACCGCUAUCUAGUUUGUGAAUUAUCAUAAGUAAUUUAGAGAUAUCAUUUGCAUGGUAAGUUUUAAAUAAUACACAUAAUAUUCUAAAGCGGAUGGUUAGGGGGGAUGGAGGUUUGAUCAAUGGGAUGGUUUUUGUCAAUUUAUUUGAACCAGGGGGAUGCCACCCCCCGCAUCCCCCUCAAUUCGAGCCCCGGUAGUAAUAGAGUAAUACUGUAGUUGCUUUUAAUAAUGAGAAUGAGAAUGAACAACAAAUAAAUUCCUUUAAUAAGUAUCUAUACUUAUUUAUGUAUUUAUUUUUGUCAUAACUAUGCCAUGAUGGCAAACAUAUAAAUAAAUACAAAUAAAAUAGGGCUAUAAAAUAGAGUGGAAUGGAUUUCGACAAGAGAUCACAUAGCAAACGUUCCAGAAUUGUUCCAAAACAUCUCUCCAUUAGAAAAACAUGCGAUGUUCACCCUUUGUUGACAUAUAAAUGAAGCAUUGUGCAAUUAAACUUUUCAGUUUAUCAGUGCUACUGAUCAAACAUGUUUGUAUGUAAGGACCUUGAGAACUAACUCCACGUCCCAUGUCAGAAAUAGAUAAAUAUAUUCUGCAUGAGGCCACUGUCUGCCCAGCUCUAUCUCUCUGUUUUCAGGGCCCGGGAUGCCCAAGGAGCCAAGAGGAGAUGCCCAAGGCUGUGAAGGGGAGAGGGAACACACCUCCCGUCCAGCAAGUAAAAACGCUAAAGACAAAAACAACAGCGCUGCUCUUUUGGCCUCUAGAGCAAGAGCACACGCUGAACAGGAAACAAAUGGACGUGACUCCCGCUGCUCUGAGAAAGACUCUGGUUACUCGGACACUGGCUCAGACUCCUUGCAGACUUAUGCAGAUGGCCAGCAGAGCAGUGUGAAUGAGCCUCAGGUCCACAAGGGUCCCCUGCAGGGAAGCAACAUACUGGUGUCCGGGACGAAUGAACUCACCCCUAUAUUCAUAAUUAAGAAUGUGGUGUUGAAGCAGCCUGGGCAGUCUGGUCAGGACCACAUCAUUCCUUCAUCUCUGUCAUGGGAUGGAGGUGCUACAAGCAGUCAGGCUCCCACCCACGUCCUCUUGCUGCAACAGCCUGGCAUUAAUCACAGCACCCCAUUGCACAUCCUCAAACCCCAGCCACAGAGAUCUGAAAGCAAGGGUGUAAAGAAGAGCAAAAACACUUACCUCCCAAUCCUAAACUCCUACCCUCGGAUUGCACCUCACCCAUGUAAGAAAACCCCAGAGAAACCCACGGCCAGUAGAGGAAGUAACACCGAGGAGCACAGCCUGAGUAAGAGAGUAUGCACAGAGGAAAAGAGAGAUGAGGUGUCCACAACCACACAAGCGCCCAAGCAACAUCUGCACAAAAAGCCAGAGAACAACUUGCUGUUGCAAUCUCAUUCCCUCCCUCUGUCUGCAGGCCGUGAGACACUUUCUGCCUCUCACCAGCACCAGAGCCCAUGCCGCCCAUCUAGUCCCUCUGCCUCUCUCAACGUGAGCUCUCCAUCCAUCUCAAGCACUCAGACGCUUUCCCCACCCUCUUCCAACGACCUCAUCCAGGGCAGAAAAGAGCCCCAUAAGCAUUGCCCAGAACCAAAUACCGGCUCUGGCAAAGGGUCAUACAACCUCAGAGGGACAGCACGUCAGCGUCGCUUCCUCAACACAGUGGAAAUUCUGAGUCAGCUGGGACUACUGGACAUCACCUUAAGGACGCAGGAUCUGCUGCGGCAAAAUGCGGCUACUGAACGAGACAUAGCCCAGCUCCGCCAACAUGCCCAUCUGCUUUUCCAGGCCGCCCAAGCAGGUGCUGAUGCUCCGGCUGCCUGGGAGAAGCUCCAACAGGUCAUGGCUGAGUCUGGGCACUAUCCCAGCCUCAAGUGUCUACCUACAGACAGCAGCAAUGGAGGGUCUCAAUCAAAAGUACAAGUCGAGGCAGCCACCAGCACCAAACCUGAUACUCCUGUGGUGUACAGAUAUGGACUUAAUGGCACUGAAGAGGUGGCGCCCCCAUCUCCUCUUCUAGCUCCAAAUCCAGAUGCAGAAUGGCAGUCCACAGGUCAAUACGAUUUUGUCAGUUAUAACACCACCACUUCUGAGCAAAUCAGAGUCUAUAGAGGAACCGUGAGUCCACCAGAUGAUCCAAUAAUGCCUCCAGAUAGCUCUACACAUGGAAACCUGCUUUAGACUGCACCCAGAAACCUGUUGAGUUUCAGCAAGGGAGACUUCUCCCUAGAUAGUAUCUCAAACAUGAUUUCAGAGAUGUUAUCAUUUCCCCAAUAUUCUCCAUGGUAACUCAGGGCUGUGCUCAAAGACACCCUCUUGGCUGCGCAGCGUGCCAUCUUCCCGUCUGUCACAUUUCUAUUUAUCUGCAUCAGCAAUCACUCAAAGUGUCUGAUGAGAGCUAUGCGGAAUUUACUGCUCAUGCUACAGACUGCCACUCAUCUAUCUGCAUCAGUCAUCCUGCCCCGUAAUGGAAUCAAGAAGCAACUUCAGGUUUUCAGUGGCCAUUUGCAAAUGUUUUUGAUAGCAGCACUUCAUGUACAGUCGAUCACAGAGUAAUCAAAAAUGACAGCCUGUUUCCUACUUUGCUGAUUUAUAUUAGAGACUAGUUUAAUAAUUUGUUUUUGUCACAGCAUGUAGCAUUUCUGAAGAACGUGACUGUGAAUGGUAAUUUGCAACAAUGUGGUAAUAAUUAGUGAUGAGUUUCCCUCCGUGAGGCCUUGUCACUUAAAGUAAAGAAGGAUGGUGCUCGAAGGUCCCGAAAAGUCCACACAUGCAAAGACUCGGUGUAAGAAUUAUCCCCAGAGUGAUCUUGCUAGAGACCAUGGAGCUUUUGUUCUUCUAUGCAGUGCGCACUUCAUUAAUCUCAUUGCAUUGAUCUGUUUGCUUUAUGUCUUCGUCUUUGACCGUGGACCAAGACACCCAUUACUCAAGCCUUUUGAAUUGGGUUCACUGAGAUGAAGGGUCAAAUUUGAGUGUUAAUAAGAGCUGUAUUUUCCAUUCAUUUGAUCACAGAUCAUGACGUCUUUGUGAGCUUUCUUGUGUUAAUAGUGUUUUGUGCCAGCCUUAAUGUAUUCUGCAACAUCUUUAUAUUUCUUCCCCAAUUGUCUACUAAAGCACCAAGCUUUUUGGCACAUUUUUUUGAUACUCUUGACAUGACACUAAUAUUUUAUUUGUUGUUGUUGUGGUAUAUUUCCUUUUAUUUACUUACUGAGUAUUUUUGAGUAACAGAAGUUGUGUAUGAAUUGGUUUGUGUCUAAAGAAACUGUCAGGCGCACACAGAUAUUUUAUAGCAUUGUGCUGUCACUCACAAAAUUGUGCAAAUCAUCAUUGCAUAUUUGUUUAUGAAAGUUGGAUAAAUUAAUUAGGUUUUCAGCGUUAAGUACUUCAUAGGUUAACACGUUUUAUGUUUCAGUAGAGCAGACUUUUAGAUAUUUAGAAAGGUCUGCAGAUUCCACUUGGGCAAGACUGUUUAAUAACCUCAAGAGUUCUUCUUUGUGACUGAUUUUUUAUUCCUUCAUUAGCUCUUUAAUUUUCUUUUUUAUAGAUAUUGAUGGUGUGUUUGUACACAGCAAUGAUCUUAAGUCCAAAUAAAUGGCAGUACAGGACGGAGGUUCUGAGCUGUGUGUGUGUGUGUGUGUGUGUGUUUGAUGGCCUGGUGAAGCGAAUAAUGAGUUUGUGUUUGAAAUGAAUGGCAUGCUAUGACAUGAUCGAUAUUUAAUCAAUAUCUGCCCGUGUAGCAGCACAAGAAAAUACAGUAUGUUAUGCAAUUCUAAUACAUUUGAAGAAUGUUUGUGUAAGCUACAUUCUGACAUAAGUGGCAUCAAAAAGAAGAUGAAAGUGUGUGGUGUAUGAUACUUUCAGUGUUUCCGCACAGAAUGUUUGAUGAAGACAGAAUCAUUGCAAACGUUACUCUAUUAAACUACAUGCAGAUGCAAAUAAAAAAGCUUAAUUAAAAGGC